AUGGCGCCAGCGGAGGUCAAUGGACAUGGAUCCCAUCAUGCCCUGUCAGGUUUCUACGAAGAGACAAACACCGGGUAUACCGUCCUGGAGGAGCCCUUGGGCACGCCCAGGCACCUUCGCGUUGUCGUCGUGGGUGCCGGUGCCAGUGGACUCAACACAGCGCGACACAUGGAGUUGCACAUGAAGAACUACGAGUUGACCAUCUACGACAAGAAUGCCGACGUUGGAGGCACUUGGUUCGAGAACAAUUAUUCGAGUUCCCAAGAGAUCCUGCAGUAUUUCAAGGACAUUGCGGAAAAGUAUGAGCUGUACAAGCACGUACAACUGAAUCAUUUUGUCCAAGAGGCAUCGUGGGACGAGGACCAAGGCAUCUGGAAUAUCAAAGUCAAAGACGUGCUGACCGGGGCCACGAAAGAGGACUGGGCACACGUCUUUAUCAAUGGCUGUGGGAUUCUCAAUAAUUGGAAGUGGCCAGACAUUCCUGGUUUGCACUCCUUCAAAGGCGCUUUGAUACACAGCGCCGCUUGGGACGACGGCUACGAUUUCCGAGGCAAAGAAGUUGCCGUUCUCGGGUGCGGAUCGUCUGGCAUUCAGAUUGUUCCCACCAUACAGCCAGCUGUCAAGUCUCUGACAACAUUCAUUCGCACACCGACCUGGAUCACUGCGGGAUUCGCACAAGACCACGCCGGCCCUGGGGGCGCAAAUUUCGCUUUCAGUGAACAACAGAAAAAGGAAUUCAGGGAAGAUCCCAAGAAAUACAUGCAGUACAGAAAGUCGAUCGAGAGCGAACUCAACCGUCGAUUUAAGAUUGCUAUCAUGGGAAGUCCUGAACAGGAAGAGGCACGGCUAUACUCGAUCAACGAGAUGCGCACGAGACUCCACUACAAUGAACGUCUCGCGAAAGCCUUGAUUCCAACCUUUGGCGUGGCUUGUCGCCGUCCAACACCGGGAAAUGGGUAUCUCGAAGCGUUAAUGGCACCCAACACGAGGGUCAUUACCGAUCGUAUCGAAUCAGUCGUGCCGGAAGGCAUUAAGCUCGCUACCGGCGAGAUUGUCAAGGUGGACGCGUUCAUCUGCGCCACGGGAUUCGACAUCUCGUUCUGUCCACGGUUCAAACUCACCGGGCGAAACGGCACGAUUCUCUCGGAGCAGUGGUCACAAAAGCCAGAAGCUUACCUCUCGAUGGCGACAAAUAACUUUCCAAAUUACUUUAUGUUCCUGGGACCGAAUUCACCCGUGGCGCACGGUUCGAACCUCCCCAUCAUCGAACACACGACGAAAUACCUCAUCAACCUGAUGAAGAAGAUGCAGACGCAGAACAUCAAGUCCGUGAGUCCCAAGGUCGAGGCGAUCCGGGACUUUGGCGUGCACACGACGGAAUUCAUGAAGCGCACGGUCUGGGCCACGCCGUGCCGCAGCUGGUUCAAGAACGGGACGGUCGACGGACCCAUCAUCGCCUUGCAUCCCGGAGGUCGCAUCCACUGGUUCCACAUGCUGAAGCACAUGAGGUUGGAAGAUUGGGAGUAUACGUACCACACGGACAAUCGGUUCCAGUUCCUCGGCAAUGGCUUCUCGACCAUGGAGGAGCCAGGCGAGGAUAACGCGUGGUACUUUGAAGAUCCGGAGGAGGGGUACAACGACUACUAG